AUGGCUGUGGCCCGCACCUUCAUACCAGGGCUGAACCCCCAGAACCCUCAUUAUAUCCCGGGGUACACUGGACACUGCCCGCUACUUCGGUUCAGCAUGGGCCAGACCUAUGGACAGAUGACUGGGCAGCUACUUCGCGGCUCUCCUGGCCUAGCCUGGCCCCCCGCCCACCGCACACUUCUGCCUCCCAUUCGGCCUCCAAGAUCCCCCGAGCCUCGCAGGAGGAGCCUGCCUGUCAGGCGCGGACACGAAAGGCUCAGCUCCAGCAUGGUCCCUGGGUACACAGGUUUUGUGCCACAGGCACAGUUCAUCUUUGCCAAGAACUGCAGCCAGGUCUGGGCUGAGGCUCUCAAUGGCUUCACUCAGUGCAGCGGACAGGGGAGCCAGGAGCUGCCCGAAGAGGCCAAGGGGGAGAAAGGUGCGGAGAAAGACCAAGAGCCAAAGCCGGAGGCGGAAAGGGAGCCGGAGCUGCGGCAGGAGGCGGAACAAGCGAGACGGAGAAGGCUGAGGCAGAGUCCAGCGGCUUCCCCAUAUUCCAUGGAUGACAGUGACCCUCGCAAGUUCUUCAUGUCAGGCUUCACUGGUUAUGUGCCCCGUGCUCGCUUCCUCUUCGGCUCCAGCUUUCCUGUGCUCAGCAACCAGGCGCUGCAGGAGUUUGGAGAGAUGAAGUCUCCGGGCAGGUCCCAGAAGGAUCCUAAGCAUCUCCCCGCACUGUCCCGGACCUACCCUCAGCACCUGGGCCUUUUACCUAAAUAG